AUUGUGUAGAGCAGAGGGUAGAAAAGCACGUUUACGCGGAAGCGUCGAACCUAUUCAGUCGCCUUUUACGCGUGGAGCAGUACAAUCCGCUCCAGAAAUGGGAGAAGUUCCGAAAAUCAAGAACUUGCCACAGGUGAUCGAGCCUCACUUGCCAGAAGGGUGUACACUGGACUCGUACUCCACUAGCUACCUGACCAAGCCCGGGGACAACUAUGGCAGCAUUAUGUUAUCUGUCCAAGCGAAAAUCCGCAGUGCAGACGGUGGUAUUCGGGAUUUGUCGCUGAUAGCCAAGUUGCCGCCCCUCACCAACGACCUUUACUGGCAGAUCUUCCAACCCGAGCGGACCUGCAUUACGGAGAACGCGGUGUACCAGUAUCUGUCGCCGGAGCUGGAUAAGUUGCAGCUGGAGUCAGGCAUCCUGCCCGCCCAUAUUUUUGACGGCUUCCCGCGAUACUACGGCUCCCGCGUAUCGUUGGACCCCCGCGCUACAAAAGUGGAUCGGGAUGCCGUUCUGGUCCAAGAGAACGUCACUAUGCAGGGCUACCGCCCAGGUAACAGACACCGGCCUUACAAUCUCGCAGAAACUGUGCUUAUUCUGCACUAUUUGGCCCAGUACCAUGCCCUGCCCAUCGCCCUGCGCCUGAAAAAACCGCAGGUGUACGAGGAGUAUGUGCGACCAUACUUCAAGAAGUUCGAUAUGAACUGUAAUAUUGAUCAGGCCGAGACGGAAAUAAUGAACAACGAGAUUCUAAAGGACAUAAAGUUGGUGACCAGCGACGAACGGGAUGUAAAUCGCGUCAAGGAGCUGCUGGACAUUUUCCAGGCCUUUCAAGCUAGCAACGAUGUGGACGACGGCCCUUUCACUACCCUCGUGCACGGAGACCUGUGGAUCAACAAUAUGAUGCUAAAAUACGGAGAGGAAAGCACUCCACUCAAGGUGAAAAUCGUUGACUUUCAAAUCGCGCAGUACGGAUCGUUGGUGCAUGAUAUCAUCUUCGUGCUGUUUUCAAGUGUGGACGUAAAUGUUCUCGAAGACAAUUUCUACAAUUUCCUGACCAUUUACUACAACGCCUUCAUUCAGACCUUGCGCAGCGUGAAUGUGGACACCAGCAACUACACAUACGAAUUGUUUCUCGAAGAGGUACAGCAAACUGCACACGUGCAGUUGCCUCACGCGAUCUUUAUGAUGAAGGUUAUACUGGCCGACAACAGUACGAUUCCGAAAGACUAUAAAGACGUGGAUUUCUCGGUGCUCACAAAGAACACUGGAGCAAAAACUAUUCUGACAAAAUUUGAGGCUAUCUUGCGACUAGGAAAAAAGUUUAAUAUAUUUUACUGAUCUAUUUUUGCCAGUCACGAAAUAAAAAUUGCACAAUAA